AUGGGGCCUAUACGGCUUUACGAGAAUCGAAUUCGGGCGAGUACAACUCCUGAAUCUGAUCUUUGCGUGAAAUGCAACAGACCAGAGCAGUGGUACCAGUGGGCAGCAGUAGUAAUGGCAGAGAACAUCCACAAGGUGGGCGAGGAGGAAAUUAGGGAGGCCGUAGGGGCCGGGAAAAUGGGUGCAUUAGUUUUCUCUAAAAUUGACCUAAGGUCUAGUUACCAUCAGUUAAAGAUUAGGCCUGAGGAUGUACCAAAAACGGAUAAGAAUGUUAUAGCUUGUGCACUGCGGCAGCUGAGAUCAAAGCAGUCAAGAACUGGGCUGACCAAAAAGGAGGUGCCUUUCGAGUGGACUAACAAAUGUGAAGAGAGCUUCCAAAAGCUUAAGACCCUUCUGACCACAACACCUAUUUUGGCACUGUCGGUGGAAGGUAAAAAUUCCAUUAUUUAUUCUGAUGCUUCACAUUCGGGAUUGGGUGUUAUGUUAAUACAGGAUAAGAAUGUUAUAGCUUGUGCACUGCGGCAGCUGAAAGUGCAUGAGAGGAACUACCCGACGCAUGACUUGGAGUUGGCAGCGGUAGUGUUUGCCCUCAAGAUCUGUGAAAGGUGGAUGGAGUUACUCAAGGAUUCUGACGUUACCAUCCAGUAUCAUCGGUGUAAGGCUAACGUGGUGGCAGACGCAUUAAGUCGGAAGGCAGUGAGUAUGGAGAAAGGUGGGGUGUUAGCCAGCAUUGAGGUUAGACCCACAUUCAUUGAGGAGAUCAAGGCCAAGCAGUUUGAGGAUGAGAGUUUGAAUGAGCUCAGUAAGAAGACUGUGUCUAGUAAGGCACAAGAUGUGGUUCUUGAUGCAGGUGGUGUGCUUAGUUUUAAGGGGAGAAUUUAUGUUCCUCGAGUGGAUGACUUGAUUCAGAAGAUGUAUUCCAUUUAUUCGGGUGUGACCAAGAUAUACCAAGAUUUGAAAAGACUUUAUUGGCGGCCUGGCAUGAAGAAAGACAUAGCUGAGUUUGUGGUGUUCCAUCAGUCCAGGUUGAAGAAGUAUCAUGGGGACAAAGAUUACAUCAUAAAGUGGGACUCAGUUUCUUUAGACAAAGACCUUCAGUAUGAGGAGGAACCAGUUGCAAUUCCGGGUCGCGAUGUCCAGAAGCUGAGGACCAAGGAGAUACAGUCCGUGAAGGUUCAAUGGAAGAAUCGUCUGGACAUCUUCAGGUGGCUACUAACAGACCUCAGUUAG